GUUUUUCAAUUGUCAGUUGAUGUUCUCGAAAAAAUCCCCAAACCGAUUGAUUAUGAUCAUACGGAUAAAUUAAUCGGACCUAUAAAAACUCCUUUGGACGUUGUUCUUCUUCAAGAGAUCACUCGUUACAACAAAUUAUUGACCAGCAUGGCGCAAUCUCUUCUCGAUUUGCAAAAGGGUAUUCAAGGCCUCGUGGUGAUGUCAUCUCAACUUGAAGAUAUAUUCACUUGCUUUUUUGAUGGCCGAGUUCCUGAGGAGUGGCUCAAA